UGAAAAUUCACUAAAAUUCUUCCGUUUCAAUGGAAACGUAAAUUCAGCCAUAUUAAUUUCUCUAAUCCCAAAUCUUCCAAGGCCUUGCUGAGGCUCCAUUAGGACGCAGAAAUUUUACAGUAUUUUUUUACAUGAAUCCGCUCAGUUUGUACUACGUAUUAUUAUUCAUUCUUCAAAUUCCCAAUCCAAAAUGUUUUAGAAACUCGUAUGUUGAAAAACUGGGCCUCGAAUGGUAAAAGAGGCCCAGAAUUCACCCGCCUCCUUUGACCCUACCAAAAUUUACCGUUGACCAUGUUACUCUCCAGCCGCCUCCACCUCGCCACGCCCUCCUCGCCGGCAACCUGCCCCUCUCCGCUCCGCCGCCGCCGCCGCCUCGGCCUCCCGGAGCCACGAACGCGUCGCCCUCCGCCACUAGCUUCCAAGAACCCCGCGCCGCCGCAGCCGCAGCCGUUGCCGCUGUCCUGGCUGUCGCCGAGGCGGCAAUGGCGGUGGCGGAGCGACUACGGCGACGCCGACGCCGCCGAAGAAGAAUCACCGGCGCCGCUCGUCGAGGACGGGGUAUCCGGUGGAGGGGAGAAGAAGAGCUUCUGGGCGGCGGUGAGCCUCAUCGUCGGAACGGCGGUGGGGCCGGGGAUGCUGGGGCUGCCGUCCGCCACCAUCCGCUCCGGGCCGGUCCCGUCCACGGCGGCGAUCGUGCUCUCGUGGGUCUACGUGGUGUCCUCCAUCGUCCUCGUCGCGGAGCUCAGCUUCGCCGCGAUGGAGGACGGCGGCGUCGACGAGGUCAGCUUCACGGGACUUGCGUCGAGCACCUUGGGGGCGACGCUCGGGGCGGUCGUGGCCGUCGUCUACGCCGCCCUCAGCUUCUCCCUGCUCGUCGCCUGCGUCGCCGGCAUCGGCUCGCUGGUGUCCCAGCUCUUCCCGGCGGUGGAUCCGGCCUUGGCCAACGCCAUCUUCCCGUGCUUCGCCGGGACGCUCAUCGCGUUCUUCCCCUUCAAGGCCGUCGACGGCGCCAACCGCGCGCUCUGCGGCCUGAUGCUCGCCUCCAUCACCGCGCUUGUUGUCACCGGCGUUUCCGUCGGCCGGAGCAGCAUGCUGAGAUCGCUCGGCUACGCCUGCUGGCGCCCUGCUACCAUCCUGCCUGCAAUUCCGGUGACCGUCCUGACGCUUGGGUUCCAUGUCAUCACGCCGUUCAUCUGCAAGAUUGUGGGGGAUUCAGUGUACGAUGCGCGGCGCGCAAUACUGAUCGGCGGUGCCGUCCCAUUGGCCAUGGUGUUGUCCUGGAAUGCCGUCAUUCUCGGGUUGGCAAGUUCCAGUGGCGGUGCGAGAUUCGAUGAUCCAAUUAAGCUGCUGCUCUCGGUGAAUCCAGCAGCAUUGCCUGCCGUUCGAGGCUUUGCGUUUGCCGCAUUGGCGACGAGCUUGAUAGGAUACGCGGUGAGCUUUCCGAAGCAGCUGGCUGAUACAGUGGAGUUGAUUGGGCAGAGGUUUUCUCCGAAGCGAGGAAUUGGGCAGCUCUCUGAAUCUAGCGGUGGCCAUGGAAGAAAUGGGGCUAUUCUCACAUGGAUUGUGCUGAUUAUUCCUAUCGUUAUUGCGUCGUUCUUCUCAGCGGCCUUCUCCAAGGCACUGGAUUUUGCUGGGGUUUAUGCAAACUGCUUCCUUUUUGGGAUCCUCCCUCCUGUCAUGGCCUGGAUUCACCGGUCACAGAAGAGAAAGAGAUCGUCUGGUUCAUGUGAAGAUAUUUUGCCUGGUGGGAAUGUUGCUUUGUUGAUACUUUUCAGUAUUGCUGUGGUCCUAGCAUUCUGGCACUAGAUGACAUCUGGAAGACAAAGGUGGCUACAUAUCUCAGGGCCCAACCCUUCUGGAAGACAAGAUACCAUGUACUACGUUGGUAAGAAAAAUGUGCCAGAUCUGAGAGGUGUGGGGCUCUCUCUCCAUCUUUGUCUCCAAAUCAGAUCACCUUUUGCUUUUGACACUGGGUUAUUCUUUCAGUGCCUAUACCAAGAAAAUCUGAAGAUUCUGCGUUGUUUACAUGUAAAACGUUCUGAACUUGAGAAAAGUGAAAAGCAGUAUCUAGUGUGAAAUUUUGGGUGCUGAUUCUUUCAAGAUGAAAGGAGCCUUAGAUAGUGGAGGCAUCUGGAAGCUGCAGCUUCCAUAUCUGGUAACUUGAUGCUGCCUGCUUGCCUAAGUUGCUGUGUUAAUCCUAGUAUUAUGUCUGUUAAAAAUAUGUGUUGGGCGACGCUACUCUCUUUUCUGAUUUACAUGUGGACCAACCAUGUGGUAAUUGGAGUCGAUCAGCAUCUGAAACUUGUUUAGAGUAAUAAGUUAAUUAUGCUUUUUACUGUGUUCUCUACUGGUAUACGAAAGUUUGACGGUUCAUUCAA